GCCACAUUCUCCUGUCGGUCAACUUAUGCUUAGACCCUGACGGCUCUCACUUUCCGCGCAGUGAUAUCCCGAAAGCGCUGGGGGAACGACUAAUUCUGAGACCUCUGCGCCGUUUCCCCUCCUCCGUCUUCUGUAUCCUCGCCCAUACUUUGCCCGUUCCCGCAUCCGUGAACGGCUCUACGGGCCUCCGAAUAUGAUACCUGACUGCCGCUACUGAGGACGCGAACCUCGUCGACUCGACUGUUGUUGGCCAGAAUGGAGGGCCCCCGGGACGAUUCCCGCGACUAUGCGGCUUCAACGUCCUUUCCGGAUCUGAUGAACGAUCCAGUCUACCAAACAAACCACAAAGGAAAGGAGCGGGAGUUUGAAGAACCAGAUACAUGUCGGAUAUGUCGCGGAGAGGGCACGGAGGAGGAACACCUCUUCUAUCCUUGCAAAUGCAGCGGGAGCAUCAAGUUCGUUCAUCAGGCAUGCCUGGUGGAGUGGCUGUCCCACUCACAGAAGAAACAUUGCGAGCUCUGCAAAACGCCUUUCCGCUUUACAAAGCUAUACGAUCCCAAUAUGCCGCACAGUCUCCCAGCGCCCCUCUUCCUCAGGCAGCUUAUAAUCCAUUGUUUCCGCACGGUCGUCACAUGGCUACGGUUCAUUCUCGUCGCAUUUGUCUGGCUCGGCUGGCUGCCAUGGUCUAUGAGAGCAAUUUGGAGGGCCCUUUUCUGGCUGGCUGAUGGCCGAUGGUCUGGCGCUGACUCCUCUCCGCAACAGGCCGCGGCACAUUUGGCUCAGGUUGUAGCGAAUGGUACUACUUCCAUUGACAGCGCAGCUGCUGCAACCACAUUGCCGGGGUCAACUGGAUUGCCAACAGUUCAGUCACCGGUAUCAUCAAUGUUCGGUUUCUCGGCCGGUGAACCGCUGCUCCUCACGGUGAUCAAAAAGGCUUUUUCGGCCCUUUUCUUUCCUGCAAUGUCUGGCACAAGCUCCUCAGGCGUGAAACCCUCAAACAUGACAACUUCAUACAAGCCGCGGCGCCCAUCGUGGCUUUCCGACGUGGAAUUCUUAAACUCUUUGACCCCGUCCCCCACAAUCAACAACAUCCUUAUUGACACGUUGGAAGGCCAGUUGAUCACCCUCCUGGUGGUUAUCUCUUUUAUUUUGAUCUUUCUCAUCCGGGAAUGGGUUGUACAGCAACAGCCAAUGGCCAAUAUCGCUGAAGGGGAGCGGGAAGCGGCGGUUCAAUUGAUUGCCAAUAAUCGCCCUGUUGAACACCCCCAGGAGCCGGAGAUUCCCUUUCACAUUCAACCUUUGAAUCAGGCUAUGAAUGCGGCACGAGAUGAGGGUGUAUAUGAGCACGUCGAAGACGUUUCCGGUCGCGCGAACGAGGCCCAGUUUGGUUCAUCGGCCGAAUCGGACCCAUUUCGCCUAGACACGUCGUUUCGGGAUGAUGCGUCUGCCAAUUAUAGUGAUUCGGACGCCCAAGGACCCAGUGGGCGGCCCUUUUCCCGGCUUUACAGUGAAAGUGACGAUGAGCGGCCAUCCCCUGCAGCCAACGAUGAUUGGCCUGGUGUGGACAUAUUUAAAGACCUCUGGAAACGAGGCCAAGGUGAACCUGAGCAGAUCCUGCGAAUCGUGCGAGAGGAAGGUCGCGAGGAGGAGCUGGGCUGGAUUGUCAGUGCCAUGACAAAACUCCAAGAGAAUCAAGAACACAUGCGGCCUUCUUGGACACGUGAGUCGACUCUCCGACAGACUCCUGGUUCCGACCUUCCUGCCAAUGACAGUGAGCCAGAAAUUGACACAAACUCUACUCAACCACCUGUAACGGAGCCCUCAUCGUCAGCAACAAUUCGCCAGCCUUGGGAUAUCGCCACUGUGCCCCAAUCUCUUGGAGCUGAAACGCACACUGAUAUACCACGACGUGACUCUGCCCCAGAUAGUCUGCAGCCCUUCUUCCGCACUCUGGAUGAUCGCCAAGUGCCAUCUAAUGCCACCCCAUCAGUCAACGAGGAGGUGUCUCCCGCCGACGAUAGGGCUCAGCCAGAUCACAGCCUCAGUGCAUCUGCUCCCCCCAAUGUCGAUCCGUCAAACGCUGAAGAGCCUUCGGACAAUGGCAUAUCCGCCACGGCACUAAAUGACCAAGCGGCUGCAAAUCCUCCGAAGAACUUUGUUGCCAGAUUGUUCGAUUGGUUCUGGGCUGAUAUAACUCCUAAUGAUCAGGGUCAAGAUCGCCCCCAUGAUGACGACGAGCAUCUGGUCGAGGACCCUGCAUUGGAAGCCCCGUUUGUGCCGGUACAGAACAAUAGGCGCCUUGAAGACGAUGGUGCAGAAGAUAACCAAGCAAUCGCCGCGGACUUUGGGCUCGAUGCGAACGAUGCCGAGGCCGUAGAGGAAGGGGAUGACCUGGAAGGCAUUCUUGAACUCAUCGGCAUGCAGGGCCCAAUCUUUGGUCUUUUGCAGAAUGGCGUCUUCAGUGCACUCUUGAUCUCGUUCACAGUGGCGGUUGGGAUUUGGCUUCCUUAUCUGUGGGGCAAGAUAGCACUGGUACUACUAGCGAAUCCGGUACAACUUGUCGUCGGCGUGCCAAUGACUGCUGUAUCUGUUUUCGCGGACGUCACAUUGGACACACUCAUCGGUAGCUUGGGCUAUCUCAUGUAUUGGGUCAGUCUCAUCUUCAAAGUGGUGUUAAGUCCGUUCGGUGCCUUUGCGCCAUUGGGAGACUGGGUCCCGCAGACAAAGUCUGUAACCAGCGCUUCUCUGUCCCUUAUCGAUGCCAGCAGUAGCAGGCUGAGGAAUGCUCUCCAGGCUUUCUUCGUCUUUCACGAAUCGGAUGUCCCCAUGUUCUCGGUUCUCUCCCACCAAGCCCUCAAAACCCAUCAAGAGCGCAUCGCAACCUUAACUCAGUCUGUCUACACGGUGGGCAAGUUUAUCUUGCAUGACUUUCCACUCCGGAUCAUGUCCCAUGGCAUCGCAGGGACUUUGUUGACCAAUAAUGGAACGGUCGACAUCACCAAAAUACUAGUCCAGGCUCGCGACCAAGUUUACGGUUUAAUCAACCAACUACUCUACUCCUCAAAGGGCUCGGAUUGGAUCAUCACGAGCGUCAGAGGUGAGACCGCUGAAGGCGUCAUCGUCGGUUAUGACCUAGCCGUGUGGGACACCAAAGAUCGUAUCAUUGCUAUCCUGAUGGGUUAUGUGCUUGUAUCGGCCCUCGGGAUUCUCUACCUGCGCUUUACGAACCUGCUUUCCGGCGGAGAGCGUGGCCAGAGGGUUGAAGGUGUCGUCGCCGACAUUCUUCACCAAGCAGGAGGAGUGAUGAAAGUGAUUCUCAUCAUCGGGAUCGAAAUGAUAGUGUUCCCCCUCUACUGUGGUUCAUUACUUGAUGUUGCCCUGUUGCCCCUUUUUGAGAAUGCCACGAUUGCGUCUCGGCUAGAAUUCACCUCCUCAUCACCCCUCACUUCACUUUUCGUACAUUGGUUCAUCGGCACCUGCUACAUGUUCCAUUUCGCCCUUUUUGUCUCUAUGUGCAGGAAGAUCAUGAGGAGCGGCGUUCUCUACUUCAUUCGCGAUCCGGAUGAUCCAACAUUCCAUCCUGUCCGUGACGUCCUAGAGCGCAACAUCACGACACAACUGCGCAAGAUUGCAUUCAGUGCUCUUGUGUAUGGCGCCCUCGUUAUCGUCUGUCUUGGGGGUGUUGUCUGGGGCUUGUACUACGCGUUAGACGAUGUGCUUCCUGUCCACUGGUCUGCUACUAUCCCUGUGCUUGAGUUCCCCGUCGAUUUAUUAUUCUACAACUUCGUUAUGCCGCUGGCAAUUCGGUCAAUCAAACCAUCCGACGGUUUGCACAAUCUCUAUGACUGGUGGUUCCACAAAGGAGCUCGAUUCUUGCGCUUAUCGGACUUCUUCUUUGGGGAGAGGCAGCGUGAUGAAGAAGGCUACCAUCACUGGCGAGCCUGGUGGGACAUCCUGUCAGCGGCCAAAGGCGACCCAGAAUACCCCGUCAUCGAUGAGCAACAGCAAGGCGAUGCAAAUGAGGAGGAUUCCAAAACCUACUUUGUACGAGAUGGGCGGUUUGUUCGGGCUCCUGCUUCGGACCAGGUCCGCAUUCCCAAGGGCAGCCGAGUGUUCCUAGAGGUGACCGCGGCCAACAAGCGAGUUGAUGGGGCUCUGGACCUAGACCAGGGCCUCCAUGGCCGAGCCAAUGACAUGUUCAGAAAGGUCUACAUUCCGCCAUACUUCCGGGCCCGCAUUGCGGCCUUCAUCCUGUUGAUAUGGUUGUUUGCUGCUGCCAGCGGCGUAGGCAUCACCGUUGUUCCUCUGAUCAUUGGCCGGAAGAUGAUGCUAUCAGCCUUUCCCCAGCGGCCACUGAACGACGUAUAUGCCUUCUCCAUGGGCAUGUGUGUCGUCGGCACGGCUGCCUGCAUUGUGAUCUACUGCCGUGCUUUCUUCGCCGCGGUGAAAGACCGACUGAGCCCAUACCUACAGUCGCCUCGACAGGCAUGUGUCGGGGUCAUGAGCAUUCUAGUUGAUGCUGUCCAGCUCAUCUAUGUUCUCACAUCCUUCUCCGUCCUUCUGCCGUCCUUGUUUGCUCUGAUCGUGGAACUCUAUAUCCUGGUUCCAGUGCACACGUAUGUCGGCGGACCCCAAGCACACGUCAUCCACUUCAUACAAGACUGGACCCUCGGGGUACUGUAUGUCCAGAUGGCCGUCAAGUUUGUAUUGUGGAAUUCCGGUUCUCGGCCAGCGGCCGCCCUCAACGCUAUUUUCCGGGAGGGUUGGUUCAAGCCCAAUGCAAUGCUCACCACCCGGGCAUUGCUACUACCGGUUACGUUGGUUGCCACGAUUGCGGUGUUGGUGCCACUCUCGCUUGGGUUCACACUGAACUCGACGGUGUUCUACUCCACUCCCGACGUGCACGCCAAGGUAUAUCGCUAUGCCUACCCGGCGACUUUGGUGAUCAGCCUGAUCGGCUGGAUCAUCUAUCUGGUGCAGCGUCAGGUGGAGAUCUGGAGAGUCAACAUCCGGGAUGAUGUCUACCUGAUCGGUGAACGACUGCACAACUUCCGCGAGAAACGGGCUCGAGAUGUCGGUGUGCCUCCUCGAGUCAUCACGGGAUAGUGGACAGUCACCUGACGGAGGACGCGGGGUGGUCCACCGGUAGCAACCCGUGAAGGGCGCGUUUUAGCUUUUUGCUCUCUGUAAAUCAGUUGCAGCCUCUGAAAUAGACCUUUUAACUUUUUUGUUUCACUUGACCCGACGUGACACGGGGUAUGCUGUGUUGUACUCGCUACACAGGGCGGCUGCCUGAUGGCGGACUAUAACUGUCAUGGAUGGCCGGAAUCGACCGAGCAACAGGACCGUAGGACGGGGAGUAGAAUACUGUAAAUUGGCAGUAACAAGUAACCCUAAUAG